AUGACAAACACCACGGGUCGAGAACUAAUACGCAAGCUCACCUUCGGUCAAUCGCCCAUGAUCACAGCUCUCUGCGUGCUCUCAACCGUCCUUGUCGCGCUCGCGGCAUACUUUUGGUCCGUAGUAGAAAAACUCCACGUGCCAAUCACCCCCGGGCUCGCCGAAGCCGCAACCUUCCUCCCCGUAGCCAACUUCGCCGCAAUGCGCUACCUAACCAACAAGCCGCGCGGCGCCCAGAGCGGGCGGCCCGAAUGGGACAUCAAGACCGGCGUCAUCUCGAUCCUGCUGAUAAUUAUCGAUACCGUUGUCGUGACCCAAUCCCUCAACAACAUGCCCAAGUCCGCCAUCGCCUGCCCGCUCGAACGGACAUGGCGGGCCUGGUUCCGCGCCAAGGACGCGACCCACAUCAAGGCUGUCCAGGACGCACUGAGGUGCUGCGGGUUCAACACGUAUCUUGACUCGGCGUGGCCGUUCCCGGAUAAGAAUACGCGCCCAAACCAGUGCUCGUUACAGAGUAAGACGCAUACGUCGUGCUAUGAGCCGUGGAGCCAGAAACACCAGUUGUCGGCCAGCGUGUUUAUGGCGGUUGCGGCGGUGACGCUGCUAAGCAAGGGGAUUAUCUUUGUUGCCUACCGUAUGAGCAGCAGAAAGCAGAACCAGGCGCCGGCCACGCAGAGGCUGUUGGCGGAUGGGUCAAUUAAUGACGGGCAGCGCAAUGGGACAAGCCGUGCUAUUGAGGGACUGAGGAUUAGGCCUGACGAGAGGGCGAGGGCGCUGGAGAAUGAGGAAGAUGAUAUCGAAAGCAUUAUCGACGAGAACUCGAGGCUGCUGAAUAAUGGCGAGACUACGUAUGAGACGCAGGGGCAGCUGGAGAGUGGUGAGAGACCGAUUUUGGCCAACAUUGAUAAUGGCGUAUGGGAUAAUGAGUAUAGUCGCGGGAAUCCUAGGUAG